AUUUACCACCAGGGUCUUGGAAAUCAAACCUCUUUCAACAAUCGUCUCUAAUUUAAUCCAGACCGAAACAUCCGAAUCAAUGCAAACCUCACGACUCCAGCUAGUCCGGCUAAGUGAAGAACACGCCCCGGGUUACUUUGCCAUCUGGUCUGAUCCCAUCACCACACGCUGGAGCUCGCACGGUCCAUGCUCGACCCUCGAAGCAGCAACAGAAUGGAUGUCCUCUCUCCUCCCUGACGCCAACCCGCACGGGGAAAACUACGGUGUCUUCCUCCGCUCAGAACUGGACCCGGGGACUAUCGAAGAAUGGCGCCGCCGAAAAGCCUCGGUCGAGGGAAGUAGCGAUAUACUCGCCCAUGGCCAGUUUCUUGGUUGGGUCGGCACCUGGAAAUCCGAUCCGGAACCAGAACUGGGCUUCGUCUUCCAUCGCGCAACAUGGGGCUUGGGAUUUGCAACAGAGGCGUUAAAGGCGUUUACUGAGUUGUUCUGGCGCGAGAGGCCGGAGUUCAAUGUACUCAGGGCCUAUUGCGAUACGGAGAACGAGGCGUCUAUUAGGGUUCUGCAGAAAGCUGGCUUUGAAUAUGUGGAGACGACGUAUGAGGAUUAUGUCCUGCCUUGGAUGGAUCCAUCGACGCGCAAUACAAUCCAGUUUAGCAUGGGCAGACCCGAUCAUUCGGUUCUAAAGGAUUGAACUAUGAUUGCUAUAGUCGAACAUCUUAACUGUGGAGCCAAGAUAUCUUGGCCCGAUACUUCAUCUAAAGUCAUUUUUAGGACGGGGCAGCCGCACAUCUUUUCAACCACUUGAGGUCACACAGCCUCCAAACCGUCCUAUACGCUGUCUCGGCAAAGACAUAUUCUGGGCGAUUGACACGGCCAUGAUAGAUGACCUGGGAAGACACUGGGGAGUGGGAAACUUGGUGAUGGCUGCAUCUUCGGACUGCGCCGCGUGUAAUGUUAGGGAAGGAGCGAAGGGCGCUUGACGAUUUUCAUAGAAACCUCUCCUCUAGCCCACAACCUCUCGUUAACAAUGAUCUUCUUCAUGUCAUGACUAUCACGACGGAAGCAGUUCAGUCGCAUAUGAUAUCUCUGGCUCUCCUUCAGAAUCUACAGUGCCU